CCGUUGAAAAUCGUCCAGUCAUCUCAGAUUAAUCGUAUAUCCAGACCCCCUGGCCUCCCUUUUUUUUUCUUGGUAUCGGUGGAUUCAUCCUCUCUUGGCUUUACGACAACAUUUGCCCGAACGCGGAUUGCCAAGCCUAACAGCUCCUAGCCCUAGUGAUACAAAUGUUACAAAUCCCAGCAUACCAACAUAGCUAAAAUUCAUGUCGUAGGAACCAGUACUCCGGACAGCAAAGUUGGGGAAAAAAAAAGCUAUUUGAAUCGUUUUUACGCAAGUUCUCCGGAAAUAGUGUCGCGGUUGUCACGGUCGUCACAGCUGUCACAACCAUGUUUCCUAUAGACAGGAGCUUGCUCCCGUCUUUGACAACUAACAGGGCCUUGAUCGUGCUCGACCCUCAAAAUGACUUCCUAGAUGAAGAAGGCGCCCUGCCUGUCAAGAUCCCCAUGGAUCUUCCGGACCGGAUAGCAGAUUUCGCAACCUCAUUCCGGCAGAGCGGUGGCUAUGUCAUUUGGGCAUGUAGCCAAUUCGAAAGAUCGCGAUCUACCCUAGACGAGGUCAUCUUAACCUCGGAAAGGCCGGGGCUUUCUCGAGGUCCAGACCAGUCGCGCGGCCGUCGUCGGCAAAUGUCACCACAGGUCGUCCAACCGUGUGAGUGUCCGGAGGCCUUCUUAACGCAGGAAAGUUCAAAUUUGCCCAAAUGUGUUCGGCCAGGUACCUUCGGCAUAGAUGUGCAUCCCAUCAUCAAGGCGGCUAUUGGACCGAAGGACUACUCGCUCGUGAAGACUCACUACUCGGCUUUCAAAUCGGAACAGCUGCUUCGUUUCCUACGGAUGAGGCUUGUUACGGAGCUAUUCAUAUGCGGGUCUAUGACCAAUAUCAGUGUCAUGGCUACCGCCGUUGAUGCUGCAAGCCAUGGAUAUACGAUCACGAUCGUCGACGAUUGCUGCGGUUACCAAAAUAUGAUGCGGCAUCGUAAUGCUAUCAAGGAAAUCGCAAACACGACGGGCUGCGAAGUUUCAAAGGCACAAGAUAUUUUGGCUACGCAUACCCCUAAAGUGAAGGGUUCUAGGAGAUUAGGUGAUAGGCCGGGGAUUUCUGCAGCUGGCAGGUACUCCACUGUACGUCGUGCUGGGGGAGAGGAUGAGUCUACUACGUCCUUGACCUCAGAAAUUCAAUCGUCGUUUGAGGACCUGUCGCUAAGUCAUCAGCGUGCAGCCGAUUCUUCCGGCCCCGAGCCAUCUGCGCAAGAUCUCAACGUACCGAUUCAACCCAUGGUGACCGCGAAAGAAUCGAAUGUCGAGUUGAUAGCAUCGAAAUCGCCGAAGUCGGAUGAUGACUCACCCAACAGUCAUCGCGUUGACAAUGAGAGUGUUGCGCCGAACUCCACGUGUAAUGAAGAAAGCACGCCACAUCCAGCGCCGAACAAUGAUCUUGUCUCUGGAGAGAAUGCAGCAGAUACAAGCCAAUUAUUACCAACUACAGAUGAAAAAGAGGAAGCAGCAGUUUCAAAGUUAGAUCGUGUAAAAGACGAGGAAACCCUGAUAUCAGCAGCAGUAGCAGAAGCUAGUGAUCCUAGGCCUUCUGAAGAGAGCCAAAUAGACUCAGUGAAGACCACGAACGAAAUUUCGAGUGAGGUAUCGAAGGAAAACAGCUUGGAACAAACGGAAGAGGAACAAGCGGAAGAGCCAACGACCGAUGAUAAUACCGAAGCGAAAAAUAAUAAAAUGAACUCUCAAGACGCUAUAAGAGAGAGUGAGCCUCUAUGUGAGGGUGACACUAAGGUGAUUUACGAUGUCCUACCAAAGCCACUGUCCGACAACAUAUUUGAGAAGAUAAGAGAUGAGGUGCGAUGGCAACGAAUGAUGCACCAAGGUGGUGAAGUACCACGGCUUGUUGCCGUCCAGGGUCAAAUCGAACAGGAUGGUACCAUGCCAAUAUACCGUCACCCAUCGGACGAGUCACCUCCCCUAUUAAAGUUUUCUCCCACCAUACUCGAGGUUAAGGAAGUCGUUGAGAAGCAACUAGGACAUCCUUUGAAUCACGUCCUGAUUCAAUUUUAUCGCGAUGGCAAUGACUAUAUCUCGGAACAUAGCGACAAGACCCUGGAUAUAGUCAAAGGCAGCUAUAUUGCUAACGUGAGUCUGGGAGCGGAAAGAACCAUGACGUUCCGAACGAAGCGGCAACCGAAAAGCAAAGCAUCGGCGGAUGCAAAUCCUUCUGCCGGACCAAAACGCCAGGUAGAGCGUGCACGUCUCCCUCACAACUCGCUAUGCAAGGUGGGAUUGAAGACCAACAUGCGGUGGCUUCAUAGCAUUCGCCAAGAUAAGAGGCUGGACCGCGAAAAAACGAGCGAGGAGUUAGCCUAUGAUGGUGGCCGUAUCUCAUUGACAUUUAGGCAGAUAGGAACCUACCUAGACCGAGAUAACCGACUGAUAUGGGGACAAGGAGCUACGUCGAAGAUUAAAGAGGAGGCGAGGCAGGUGAUUAAUGGACAGACGCCAGAAGCGGUCAUGAUGCUGCAGGGAUUUGGCAGAGAGAACCAGUUGACCGAAUUCGACUGGAACAAAUACUACGGCAAUGGCUUCGAUAUCUUGCACAUUUCCACCGCGCCUCGGUUAUUCCUGUCGUCAGAUCCGGUUGUCAAUAUGCGUAUUCAGCUCAUGUUGGCGGAGUAUGGGAUCAACUACGCCCGAGGGAACAUGUCACCACUUUUCCACUGGAAAGAGACUAAAUCUGGGAAGGACGUGUGGGGUGUCCCAGAAGAGCUUCCAAUUAAGUUUGUCGAUAACGACUUGGCGAAGACUAUUGUCGAGGGUGGAGUCGCCAUUAUGAUAUAUAUCGACCGCGUCUAUAACCGGCAAGGGCAAGAUGAGAAUCGAUCCAGAAGGGAUAUCGCGAAGGAGUAUACCCUGUUUCAAAAGGGGCUAUAUCUCUUCGAGAAGCUUAGGGCCGCUCCUAACACUAAGGCCUUCGAAGCUGCCGAACUCAACGUCUGGGAGCAAUAUGCUGCGGAAGGUGAUGAAUUCAUCGCAGGCCCUACCAUGUCUUUAGCCGACUACGCAUUCUGGCCGGUUCUCAACGCCAUUGUUAGAGUACCGGGGCAGUACGACUUUGGGGUUGGUGAGACUGGGUUCAAAAAUCUCAAGAAGUACCACGACCGCAUCGCGGCGCGGGAUUCGGGUCAAAAAGUCCUAGUCCUUACUGCUAGAGGUACUCGGCAGAUAUCUGAUGAUUCUAAUGCCGCCGCACCUGUGUCUACCCCUCACACUCCCACUCCCACGCCAGCCGCCAUAUAGUGACAGGAUUUAUCGAAGAACAUUAUAGAAAAUGAGACGAGUAAUGCGGGUUCCUCUUUUUUUCUCUUCUGGUUUUGUAAUUUUUUUUUCUUUCCUUUUGGCAUAGACAAUAAGGGGAGCAUUUGCAUGUGAUUGAGCGCUCGCGAUUUUUCCAGCAUAGCAGUGGAUGGUACGCAUAUAACUUAUUUAAACGACUUGGCUUAUAAUAUGGUUCGAUUUUCUUUGGAACGUCUCAGAUGACAGUGGAUGAGGAUAGGGAGGUGAUUGGAUAUCUUGUAUGAAUGGAUUCUGUAAGAGGGGGACUAGCUAAUAUAGUAGUAGUUGGACAUAUAGCUUGCCUGCCUGUUUAACUCGAUGCAUGCUUGGGUAUCUAUUAGGAUAUACCUAUUAAGACAGUAGCUAAAGAGACAUCUAACUUACUGAAUGUGAAUCUUGAUCAUCCCGAGAG